GGAGUAAAGAGAAUAAAUCACAUUUAGUAAUUUGAGUAAAAUCACAUCUAGAACCCGCACUUAUCUUAACAACAACAACAACAACAGUGUCGGUAGCAUUGUUUUUAACGAGCCUUUCCCUUCUCUGCUUCUCCCGGGGUUUCUGUGGCACGACGCUCCUUACGUUUACAAAAUGAUGAAAAGCUACUUUAACAAGUAGAGAAAAUGUUGAUAGUUGAUUGACAAUCAGAACCAUGAACAGCAGCACUGUGUGUGACGCCCUCAGCAGUGGCAUGUCCAGAUCUUUUUAAAUGGGGUGGCCCAGGUGAGGCACAGCUUUGUGUAUGGGUGGCACCAAUUGUUAUGCUUUUUUUUUGUGUUUUACCCCCAAGCCUUUUGUGGACAAUGAAAAGCCUAUUUAAAAGUAAAUUAGUGUGGUGGCACCUGGGGUGGCCAAUCAGAUUCCAAGGGUGGCAUGCAUGUCCAGGCCACUCCCUGGACACGCCCCUGACCCUCAGACGUACAAAGACACCUUUCUGCUGUCCGUUAAUAUUAAACUGGGGGAUAAAACAUUGAUUAUCCCUUUAGCCUUGUUUUUCUUAUUAUCAUGUCAAUUCCAAUAGGGAAGACCAAACUGAAAGACUCAAUGCGCACAAAUCACACAUUGGACUUAAAACGUUUUCUUCAAUAACCUCAGUAAUACCUCUAACACGACGCUAUAUUGUCCACGUAAAGAAGAUUUUCCUUAAAUGUGCACGUUAAACCGUUUUUAUACAUUAGCUGUAGAAUCAGCCAUUCAUAAUUAAAUAAUCCUCUAAAUUAACUUCCUGUUCUUUGUGGCAUCUGAUCAGACUUAGUGGAGUUUUACAGCUUCUGAAAUAAUAAUAUCCACGUUUCCGAGGAGGCGUUGACCCUAACCCAGAUUCUCACAAUAGUUAAAGGUCAUAAGAAAAGAGUCUCAUCAGACCAAAUAGAAGCAACACAGAGGGCUGAAAACAAAAAAAGGUUCAAACACUGAACAAUUCUGUGAAAAUGAUAUAAAAACUUAAAUCUCUGGGGAAGAAAAACCGAAUCCUCACUGGUUCAUUUGUUGUAGAAUGAAUGAAGAAGUGAAUGAGAAAGUGAUAUGGGCUAAAAAAGGAUCUUACUGGGAAGUUCAACCGUCAACCAACAAUACAGUUGGAGAAGAUAAAGGACGUGACGCAGCUAACUGGUAGGAUAUAAGGGACAGAAGCAGAGGACUCCACACUUAACCUGAUCCAGAUAGGAAGUAAGUUUUCUGUGGUUUCUUACUUAAUUAGUGAAUUUAGAAGUCUUCCUUUUCCUGUAAAAACAUUUAAAAUGACCAAAAAUGGCUGAAUGUUUUUAAAACGGUUGUUUAUUGGCAGAACGUAUUUAUUGUGUAACUGAUCCUGGUACCUUGACUUUGUGUUUUAGAUCUCCGCUCUGCGAUCAUGAAGGUUCUCUGUGUCUCUCUGGCACUUUGCCUGGUCCUGACCACGAGUCGAGCUGGUCCCAUAAACUCUACUGCCCCCCCUUACACGAAGGGCCCUUUCUCUUACCAAGGGAACUUUCCUACCAACGCAGAGCCCUCCCCUGCUGAACCAGACAACCCCCCUACUUAUCAGGUUAUGGUUUCUGCCCAGGGAAACUUCACUGCUCCCUCAGAAUACCAUCCUACUGGCUUUGGUGGUUUGUGCAAGACGCUGCAGCAGCAGAACUGCAAACCCUCACUGGGAGCGUUCUGCCCACAAUGUGAUGACAAAGGGAACUUCCUCCCCGUGCAAUGCAUUGGGUCGACUGGGUACUGCUGUUGCGUCAACACCUUCACCGGGAAGAUUAUCCCCGGCACAUUAACGCCACCAGGAACCAAACCACUGAACUGUGAAAAGUUUGCAGAAAAUACAGAUGGGGACAUUGAUGAAGAUUCACAUGAGAAAAAAGAAAAGCACCACAAAAAGGAAAAUGAGAAGUCCGAAGAGGAGGAUUCAGAUGAGGACUCCGAUGAAGAUUCAGAAGAAGAUUCUGAUGAGGAUUCGCAUGAGAAAAAAGAAAAGCACCACAAAAAGAAAAAGUCAGAAGAAGAGGAUUCAGAUGAGGACUCCGAUGAAGAUUCAGAUGAGGAUUCAGAUGAAGAUUCAGAUGAAGAUUCUGAUGAGGACUCGCAUGAGAAAAAAGAAAAGCACCACAAAAAGAAAAAGUCAGAAGAAGAGGAUUCAGAUGAGGACUCCGAUGAAGAUUCAGAUGAGGAUUCAGAUGAAGAUUCAGAUGAAGAUUCUGAUGAGGAUUCACAUGAGAAAAAAGAAAAGCACCACAAAAAGAAAAAGUCCGAAGAAGAGGAUUCAGAUGAGGACUCCGAUGAAGAUUCAGAUGAGGAUUCAGAUGAAGAUUCUGAUGAGGAUUCACAUGAGAAAAAAGAAAAGCACCACAAAAAGAAAAAGUCCGAAGAAGAGGAUUCAGAUGAGGACUCCGAUGAAGAUUCAGAUGAAGAUUCUGAUGAGGAUUCACAUGAGAAAAAAGAAAAGCACCACAAAAAGAAAAAGUCCGAAGAAGAGGAUUCAGAUGAGGACUCCGAUGAAGAUUCAAAUGAGGAUUCAGAUGAAGAUUCAGAUGAAGAUUCUGAUGAGGAUUCACAUGAGAAAAAAGAAAAGCACCACAAAAAGAAAAAGUCCGAAGAAGAGGAUUCGGAUGAGGACUCCGAUGAAGAUUCAGAUGAGGAUUCAGAUGAAGAUUCUGAUGAGGAUUCACAUGAGAAAAAAGAAAAGCACCACAAAAAGAAAAAAUCCGAAGAAGAGGAUUCGGAUGAGGAUUCCGAUGAAGAUUCAGAUGAGGAUUCAGAUGAAGAUUCAGAUGAGGACUCGCAUAAGAAGAAAGCAAAGCACCACAAAAACAAAAAGUCAGAAGAAGAGGAUUCCGAUGAAGAUUCCGAUGAAGAUUCUGAUGAGCAUUCGCAUGAGAAAAAAGAAAAGCACCACCAAAAGAAAAAGGAAAAGUCAAAAGAAGAGGAUUCAGGUGAGGACUCCGAUGAAGAUUCCGAUGAGGAUUCUGAUGAAGAUUCCAAUGAGGAUUCUGAUGAAGAUUCCGAUGAGAAAAAAGAAAAGCACCACAAAAAGAAAAAGUCAGAAGAUGAGGAUUCCGAUGAAGAUUCAGAUGAGGACUCCGAUGAAGAUGCAGAAGAAAAGAAAAAGUGCCCAGAAGAUUGGUACAAUUUUGAAGAUCAGUGUUUUAUCUUCAUUGAGACUGAGAAGACUUGGGCCCAAGCCGAGUUUUACUGUCAGUAUGAUGGAGCCAACCUGGCAUCAGUCCACAGUUUAGAAGAAAAUGUCUUCGUCCAGUCUUUGACCAGAGGAGACUCUCACAACUUCCCAGAAACCUGGCUUGGAGGAACUGAUGCUAUACAUCCUGACUUUUGGCUGUGGACGGACGGCUCCAGCUUCCAGUAUGAAAACUGGCAGGAUGAUGAUCACAAGGAUAAGGAUGCACACUGUCUGAAGACCAACUAUGAAUUGAAGUUGAAGUGGACGGCUGCUCCCUGCAACCAAACUCUGCCUUUUGUCUGCUCCAAGAGUAGACAGCUUUCUUCUGGAAACAUCUACAACUGCACGCUUUAUUUUGACGUGCACUUGGAGGAAGUGCACAUUAAGGGCUCAAGUGUACGCAAAGAUGGCUGGGUGUUCAGAAGGAAAUGCCCAGAGUUGGUAAAACUCAGUGACACAAGCUAUGGCAGUAGCCAGAAGACAUGGUUACAUUUCAGGAUUACAGGACUGACAUUCUGUCAUCAACUAUGGCGUGACUUAAUGGAGAAUGCCAAACAGAGCAAUGAAGGGAAGCAGAGGACUCCACACAUUGAUCCAGAAGAGAAUUGUGUUUUAGAUCUCCACUCAGUGAUCAUGAAGGUUCUUGGUGUCUCUCUGGCACUUUGCCUGCUCCUGACCACGAGUCAAGCCGGUCCCUUAAACUUCACCUUCCCCAUUUACACAAAGACCCUUCCUCCUGACCCAGAGAACACAGAGCCUCCGCCUGCUGAACCAGAUGGCCCACCCACUCACCUCGAUGGCCCAUUAACUCACCCAGACAACUCCUCCACCCACAUCACAGCUGCUGUGUCUGCCCAAGGCAUCCCUGCCUCAGAUCUCCCUCCCACCAACGUAACAGGUAACUGCACAGAGCAGCAGCUGGACUGUAAGCCCUUAUGCGGAACGUUCUGCCCAAAGUGCGAUGACAAAGGGAACUUCCUCCCACUGCAAUGCAGUGGGUCUACUGGACACUGUUGGUGCGUCAACGCCAUCACCGGAGAGGCAGUCCCCGGCACAGCAGCACAACCAGGGUCAGAACCAGUGAUCUGUGAGCCUGAGAAUGAGAGUGAAGAAGGAAAUCACGAGAAAAUAAAAAAGGAAGAGUCUCAAGAAGAAGAUUUGGAUGACCAAAAAGGAAAGUAUGACAAGAAGAAAAGGGAGAAGUCAAAUGAAGAGGAUAAUGAUGAAGAUUCUGAUGAAGACUCCGAUGAAGAUUCUGAUGAAGAUUCCGAUGAGGACAACUGCCCAGAGGAAUGGUCCAGCUUCCAGGAUCAGUGUUAUAUCUACAUUGAGACUGAGAAGAGUUGGGCCGAAGCCCAGUUUUACUGUCAGUUUGACGGAGCCAACCUGGCAUCCGUCCACAGUCCUGAGGAGAACGUCUUCGUCCAGUCUUUGACCAGAAGAGGCGCUCACAACUUCCCAGAAACCUGGCUUGGAGGAACUGAUGCUCUACGUCCUGAAUUUUGGUUGUGGAUUGAUGGCUCCAACUUCCACUAUGAAAACUGGAAGCAUGACGAUCACAAGGGUGAAAAUGAGCACUGUCUGAAGAUGAAUUAUGAAUUCAAGUUGAAGUGGACGGCUGCUCCCUGCAACCAAACUCUGCCUUUUGUCUGCUCCAAGAGCCUCAAAGACGACAAUGACUAACAUCUGAGAAGAAACCGAAUGCAUGAAUCUGACAGCAAACGCUCAUGUUUAAAAAUAAAUAAAUCUGCACCCGACAUCAGUUACGAGAACCCUUUCCUCAUGUAACAAUUUAAUGAUUGAACUAAAAUAAAGUAUGGAAUCAUUGUGUUAUGUUGUGAAAUAGAUAAGUGAAGAAUGAGAAUAUGGACAAAACACUCCCACAUUUAAUAGCUCUGCCUGCAAGUUUAAAAUGUGUUUUCAUCC